ACAGACCCUUAAAGCGACCGGUCCGCGGUAGCUGCAUGUCGGAGGCUUUGAGGAUGAGGAGUUUGGGGGCCGCCCGGAAUGGGCCCUCUGGGGCUGGGCCCUCGUUCCCUCCCAUCCCGUGGCCGUUACACUGGGCGCCAGACAACGCUAAUAGUUAUUUGAAAAGGCUUUCUUCUAGUCAAGAUGAGUGAUAAACCAGACUUGUCGGAAGUGGAGAAGUUUGACAGGUCAAAACUGAAGAAAACUAAUACUGAAGAAAAAAAUACUCUUCCUUCAAAGGAAACUAUCCAGCAGGAGAAAGAGUGUGUUCAAACAUCGUAAAAUGGGAAUCUCCUCCAAAGAGCAGAUUUCAACAUUGUGUGACAGUCUUGGUUUUGGGUGUGUUUUUUUGUAACCCUAUGUGUUUGUAAAGAUUUCAGGCAUCUUCUGAUUUCUUCUCAACUGUAUUCCCUGGCUAAGAGGUCAGGGGUAGUGAAUGUUUCCUUAAGUUCCUUUUUAAACUUCCCAUUGGUAUGUAAAUUCCAAAUGGCAGAUGCUGUCAAUAAUCUUGCCAUUGAUGACCUUUGUGUACGUAGUCCUUGCACCUCAUACAGGAUAAGCCAAUUUUAACUUUCUACAAUGGAUGCCUCAAUUGUUUUGUAAUCUUCAUGAGGUUGCAUCCUUUUGCAGCUUCUUAUAGUUUAUUUUCACUUCCAAUGUAGCAAUAAAAUAAUAAAUAUAAUA